UGCAUGGGUGAGUGAGUGAGAGGUAGGGAUUUGCCCUAAGAGCAGAAUUUCGUCAGCAGACAACGCGUCAACGAGAAAAUGGCAGGCGAGGAUUUGAUUGUCCAGUUCCAGCAGCUCGGCAUGAGCGAGCAGAAGGCCAAGGAGACGCUCAAGAAUGCAAAUGUGACCAAGAAUCUGCAACUGGCGCUUGCCGAAACCAAGUUGCCGCUACCCGAUAGCGCUGGCAUGUUGCUCUACCACAUGGCCAGCAAACUUAAGCCACAAAUUGCCGGACAACUGCCGCUACUGGUGAAAUAUAUAGUGGAACGCAAGCUGGACAAUACUCAACGUGUGGAUGCGGCUUUGGAAUACUUACUCAAGUUGGGACAGAAGAAGAACGCCACUGUUGAUGUGGCUGAAUUGGAACGCGAAUGCGGCGUUGGAGUCGUCGUCACGCCAGAAGAGAUUGAGCGCAUUGUGCAGCAAAAGAUCAAGGGCAGCUAUAAAGAGAUACUGCUGGAGCAGCGCUAUCACUUUAAUUCAUUUAAGAUAAUGCAGGAAGUGCGCAACGAAUUGAAAUGGGCGGAUGCCAAGUCCUUGAAGUCGGCCAUUGAUGUGGAAAUCUUUGAUCUACUCGGUCCCAAGACCGAGGCAGAUUUGAAGCCACUGCCCAAGCAGACAGACAAGCAGCCAAAGGCUAAUACAAAGACCGAAGUCAAGGCAGCCGCAGCUACUGAAACAGACGGCGCCAAUACGAUUGCCGAGCUGAUGAAGACCAAGGUGCAUUUCCAUGCGCCGGGCGAAAACUACAAGACCGAUGGUUAUGUGGUUACCGAGCACACGGAGCAACUUUUGCGCGAUCAUCUGAAAGCCACAGGUGGCCGCGUGCAGACACGUUUCCCACCCGAACCCAAUGGCAUUCUUCACAUUGGUCAUGCGAAAGCGAUCAACAUUAACUUUGGUUAUGCGGCGGCUCAUGAUGGUGCUUGCUAUCUGCGCUAUGACGACACGAAUCCCGAGAAGGAGGAGGAGAAGUUCUUCAUUGCUAUACGCGAAAUGGUCGAAUGGUUGGGCUACAAGCCCUGCAAGAUCACCUACUCCUCGGAUAACUUUCAGCAACUCUAUGAUUGGGCUGUUGACCUAAUUAAGAAGAACCUGGCCUAUGUGUGCCACCAGAAGGCAGACGAGCUCAAGGGCUUCAAUCCGCCACCAAGUCCUUGGCGGGAACGUCCUAUUGAGGAGUCGCUUAUUUUGUUUGAGGAUAUGCGACGCGGUAAGAUCGAUGAGGGCGCGGCAACGCUACGUCUAAAGCUGACGCUGGAGGAGGGCAAAGUGGAUCCGGUGGCGUAUCGCAUUAAGUUCAUAGCGCAUCAUCGCACUGGUGCCGCGUGGUGCAUUUAUCCCACUUACGAUUACACGCAUUGCCUCUGCGACUCCAUCGAACAGAUCACGCAUUCGUUGUGCACAAAGGAGUUCCAGUCGCGUCGCUCCUCCUACUACUGGCUCUGCAAUGCUCUUAACAUUUACUGCCCCGUGCAGUGGGAAUACGGACGCCUCAAUAUGAACUAUGCGCUGGUGUCCAAACGCAAGAUCGCGAAGCUCAUUACUGAGCACAUUGUCCAUGACUGGGAUGAUCCACGUCUGUUUACGCUAACGGCGUUGCGUCGUCGUGGUUUCCCUGCCGAGGCCAUCAACAAUUUCUGCGCUCAGAUGGGCGUCACAGGCGCCCAGAUCUCUGUUGAUCCCGCGAUGUUGGAGGCCGCUGUUCGGGAUGUUUUGAAUGUCAGUGCACCACGUCGUCUGAUUGUGCUGGAACCGCUGAAGGUGACCAUCAGCAACUAUCCGCAUAAGGCAGCCGUUGAGCUUGAAGUACCCAACUUCCCUCAGAAUCCAGAGCUGGGUACGCACAAGAUUACGCUAGAUCGUGUGCUCUACAUUGAACGUAGCGAUUUCAAAGAAGAGCCGGAGAAGGGCUAUCGUCGUCUCUCCCCGCAGCAAUCUGUUGGCCUGCGUCACGCUGGUCUGGUCAUUAGCGUUGAGCAAGUGGUCCGUGAUCCAGUCACUGGAGACAUCGUAGAACUCAUUUGCAGCAGCAAAUCGGCGGAGGAGGCUGAGAAGCCCAAGGCGUUUGUGCAGUGGGUGUCGCAGCCCAUUCAGCUAGAAGUGCGUCUCUAUGAGCAGCUAUUCAAGCACAAGAAUCCCGAGGAUCCCAACGAGGUGCCCGGCGGUUUCCUCAGCGACAUCAGCGCCGACUCAAUGUCCGUCCUUUGUGCCUAUGCAGAUCGCUCCUUGAAGGGCGUUAAAGUGUACGAUAAGUUCCAGUUUGAACGCAUUGGCUUCUUUUCGGUGGAUCCAGAUACAAAUGGAAGCCACAUUGUGUUCAAUCGCACUGUUGGACUUAAGGAAGAUGCAGGCAAGAAGUGAAAAAUGAUAAAAUCAAACUCACAUGAUAUUUUUAUAACAUAUAUUGAGAGACCACAAUAAAUACGAUUUGUAAAAUCA